UCUCUCAUCCCCCAAUAAGAGCUCAGGAAAUGAUGAGCAGCCUUCAGAGUCCACAUGAUAGAUAGAGAACGCAAAGGAAAGAGAGAGAGAGAGCGAGAGCUAAGUAACCAGCAACCCUGAGAGUGAAAGAGAGUUGAAAGAUCAAGAGAUAAAGACAAAAACAGGGACCAGUGCUUCUUUCAAGCCAAGAUCUAACGUGAGGAAAGUGAAAAAGUGAAGAACUCUGUUGAAGAUGGGUGUAGUGUUUGGGACCUUCUCUAUGCACACCAAACAGGUCACCUUCAGGACAGAUAAUCUAGAUGAUGAAUUAGAGAUGACAAUGGUCUGCCAUCGGCCGGAGGGUCUUGAGCAGCUCGAGGUGCAGACGAACUUCACCAAGCAAGAGCUACAAGUCCUUUACAGAGGCUUCAAAAAUGAGUGUCCAAGUGGAGUGGUGAAUGAGGAGACAUUUAAACACAUCUAUGCACAGUUUUUUCCACAUGGAGAUGCCAGCACAUAUGCACAUUAUCUCUUCAAUGCGUUUGACACCAGAAAUAAUGGAUCCAUAAAGUUCGAGGACUUUGUGAUGGGACUAUCUACUCUCCUGCGAGGGACGGUCAGAGAGAAACUAGAAUGGACAUUUCAUCUCUAUGACAUUAACAGAGACGGAUUUAUCAAUAAGGAGGAAAUGACAGAGAUAGUGAGGGCCAUCUAUGACAUGAUGGGGAAGUACACAUAUCCGGCUUUAAAAGGGGAUGUACCAAAACAGCAUGUGGAUGUCUUCUUUGAGAAAAUGGACAAAAACAAAGAUGGAGUUGUAACAUUGGAAGAGUUUGUCCUUGCCUGUCAGGAGGAUGAAAACAUGAUGAGAUCCAUGCAGCUCUUUGAAAAUGUGAUGUAGAGAAGAAGAAAAAAACACGCAAGAAUGCAAGAGGGAUUUUACGUUUAAAUAUAUAUUUGCUAUAUUUCACUGAACUGAGUUCUGGGGGAAUAUGAUGGCCAGAGAGUGAUGAGAGUCUGGGCUUUGUUUUUCUCUCUCUGUUCAAACUUUGUAACAUAUUCAGUGUUGUUUCUUGCUGGUGUUUGGGGAAAUUGCCCAGAAUCCACUUUGAUCCAGCCACGGAAGACUACAUAUGUUUGAAAGGUAUUUCCUGACUAGUGGGUGGUGAUGAUCAACAUCCUUCUUCCCUACGAAAAAGAAAGCUUGAGUGGCUUUUUUCAUUUGCUUGACCCUAGAGCUCAGGACUUUACAUUUGGUGUACUGGAACUGCAUUCAGGAGGAAAUACAGCCUCCUUUGCUUGCUUUCUUUGCCAAAAGAGCUUGCAUGAG